AGUCAGCCAGGGUGGGCUGAUGAAAAUACGGCUAUUCUUCAGUGAGCUAUUGAGGUGCGCUUGACCUGUUAUCCAUUGCUUCAACAUAAUAUCUGUAAACGACGUAUAUAGCUCUCGUUCUGUUUUCUUGUGCUGGUAUUUUGACAAGUUCUGUGGUCAGUCGUAUUUCUUUCGACGACAGUUUAACAGUGAAUAUAACAAAAUGGUGUCCGGUGGAAUGGCUUGCGUUAAAUAUCUAACUUUUCUUUUCAACUUGAUAUUUGCGAUAACUGGAAUCGUAUUUAUCGCAGUUGGUACUGUGAUUCUUGUGGUUUACAGUGGCUACAAUAAUUUUAUGGACAGUUGGUUCUUCGCAGCACCAGUAUUAAUGAUAACAGUAGGCGCUGUUGUAUUUAUUGUAUCAUUCUUUGGUUGCUGCGGUGCUGUUAAAGAGAAUCAUUGUAUGAUAUUAACGUUCUCUGUAAUGCUUCUUUUAAUCUUUGCACUGGAACUUGGUGCUGGUAUUGCCGGAUAUAUGAUGCAAGGAGAUGUUCACAAGAUGGUAGAAAAUCGAUUGAAUAUCACUAUGGGAGAAUAUUUAUCCAAUGAUGAUGUCCAUAGAUCUUGGGAUAUCAUGCAACAUGAUUUAAAAUGCUGUGGAAUGAACGAUGCAACUGAUUGGGCUCGUGUGGGAUUCUCAGAAAAUAUUGUACCAAAUUCCUGUUGUAAAGAGAUACCAGACGGGGAUAAAUGUGAUUCAAAUUCAGUUCAUGUAUAUACACAUGGUUGUAUGAACAAUCUUCAGAGUGCUAUUGAAAACAAUGCUUUGAUUUUGGGUGGUGUUGGCAUUGGUAUUGCUAUUAUUCAGUUAAUCGGAGUAAUCUUUGCUUGCUGUUUAGCUCGUUCAAUCCGCCGCGAGUACGAGACUGUCGAAACUGCAGCGCACUGAUUCGACACCCAUUAGGAGGCAUUAUAAAAUAUUAUUCGUCGUGCAUUCAUUAAGCGAAUAAUUCUAGAGUCGUCGCAAGACCAUUUACUUAGAACUUGGCCAUAAACUAACGAGUAUUCAUCCGCAGUCUAGUUUAAGAAGAAAUCAGAGUAUUGGAGAAUAUAAUUCAAUGUACUGCCAUUAUCUGCCAAAUGGUUGAAACCAAACUUCUGUUUCUUAGAGACUAUGUUACAAUGAGAAAUUUAAGCUCAUGGCAUAAGAAUGUUUGAAAAAGAGAUUAGAACAAUAUACACGUUUGAUUUUUACAUGUGUCCCAGUCUAGAAGGCCUUUGCCUUGCCUUGACUUGUUAAAAAGAAAAAUUGUUUUUUAAAUUUUGUAUUGUGACAUUAACAAAAUUUGUUAUAUAAUAUAAUUGUUUAAUGUUAGAGAUAUUUUUUCCAGCUUCACGUAUAUACACAACAAAUGUUUCUAUUAUUAAUGAUCUCUUUUAAAAAAGAAACGAAAAAAAAUUUACAAACCAGCACAUCUAUCAUAGUGUAUUUUUAAGCAAUUUUACAAAUUGUAUUCGAAAUAACUAUGCUCUUUUGUAUAGCUGUAGUUUGUAUAAUUUUAGUGUUAACAAAAAGAGAAUUAUUUUUGCAUUUUGCAAAAUUAUUCGAAACCUAGAGAUAAAAGUAUAUAACAAAGAAAAAGAAAACAAAAAGAUAUAUGAAACUUAACAGUAUUAUAUACUUUCAUUGAUAGUUACAUUAUAUUGUGACUUUAAGUAAAGUAAUUAUGUUGGGACCAAAAUUCUAAUUUCUUUGAUGAAAAUAAAAAAAAAUAAAAUUCAACAAUCUGGCAUAAAGGACAAAGAAAAAAAUUUUGCGGCGACAAAUUUUUUUUUAUCGUUCACGCAGAAUAGCUUCCAAAAGUAUUACAAGCUUUGCGAAAUAAAAUUACAAACUUAUGGCAUUGCGUCGAUUUAUCGAAUUUUAUUGUAAUUAUUGUAAUCAUAAUUGCAAUUCUGUUUCUUCUUUAUUUGAAAUCUCGCAUAUUUUGAUAUUAGACAAAAAAAGGGAUAAAGUCAAAACGUGAGAAACAAUUAAUUAUUUGAUCAAUUGGUAACUUAAAUACGCGAGGUUUCAAUAGUGUUUAAGUAAUGAAACAUCACAAAGGGAGAGAAUUAGUAUAUACUUCUCAAUAGGUAAUACUGAAACAUUAAGGUGUGCCUAAUGUUCUACAAUGUAUUUGAAUCAUUAAUUAACAUAUUAACAUCGACCAGAAUAAUCAAUGAAAA